UCCCAUCUUUUUUAUCAACAGAGGCGCAAAGAGAGACAGAAAUGGGUGGGAGUCGGGUUCUUUUAGCUUUGUUAUUAUGCCUUUCGGCAGGGUCCUUUUUGGUCCGCGGUGAAGACCCUUACUUCUUCUACACCUGGAACGUCACCUAUGGGACUAUCUCUCCUUUAGGUGUACCGCAGCAAGGCAUUCUCAUCAAUGGUGAAUUUCCUGGACCAAGAAUCAAUUGCUCCUCCAACAACAAUAUCGUUAUCAAUGUCUUUAACAAUCUUGAUGAACCACUGCUUUUUACAUGGAAUGGUAUCCAACAAAGGAAGAACUCUUGGCAGGACGGAUUGCCUGGAACCAAUUGCCCAAUUCAGCCUGGGACUAAUUUCACUUACCGCUUUCAAGUGAAGGACCAGAUUGGAACCUAUUUCUACUUCCCCAGUUUAGGCAUGCAAAGGGCAGCUGGUGGCAUUGGUGGCCUUCGUGUCAACAGUCGUCUGCUCAUUCCAGUUCCUUUUGAUGAUCCAGAAGACGACUACACUGUCCUUAUUGGAGACUGGUACAAAAAGAGUCAUACUGUCCUGAAGAAGAAACUAGAUAGCGGUCAUUCAAUCGGAAGGCCUGAUGGUGUCCAAAUCAAUGGAAAAUCAGAAGAUAAGGAUGAGCCGCUUUUCACCAUGAAGCCUGGUCUGACUUACAGGUAUAGGAUUUGUAACGUAGGGAUUAAAAGUUCUCUCAACUUCAGGAUCCAAGGUCACACAAUGAAGCUAGUGGAGUUGGAAGGAUCCCAUACUGUUCAAAAUGUAUACGACUCCCUUGACGUGCAUCUUGGCCAAUGCUAUUCAGUGUUGGUCACUGCUAACCAAGACCCCAAGGAUUAUUAUAUGGUAGCCUCCACUCGGUUUCUCAAACAAGUUUAUACUGCUAAACGCAUUAUCCGUUACACCAACGGCAAGGGCCCAGCCUCACCAGAACUACCUGAGCCUCCUAGUGGUUGGAUUUGGUCUCUCAAUCAAUUCCGUUCAUUUCGAUGGAACCUCACAGCAAGUGCUGCCCGACCUAACCCUCAAGGUUCCUACCAUUAUGGUUUUAUUAACAUUACUCGCACCAUCAAGAUUGUCAACUCUGCCAGCACUGUGGAUGGCAAGCUUCGUUAUGCCAUUAAUGGCGUCUCACAUACAGAUCCAACCACCCCCCCUAAACUUGCUGAGUACUUUGGAGUAGUAGAUAAGGUGUUCAAGUAUAAUACUAUGGUGGACGACCCACCGCCGGAAAGUGCCGAAAAGAUUGUCAUAACACCCAAUGUCCUUAACAUCACGUUCCGCACAUUUGUGGAGAUUAUUUUUGAGAAUCAUGAGAAGAGCAUCCAGUCAUGGCAUUUGAAUGGCUACUCCUUCUUUGCAGUCGCUAUGGAGCCAGGGAGGUGGAACCCAGAUAAAAGGAAGAACUACAAUCUUCUUGAUGCUGUGAGUAGAAACACAAUCCAAGUAUACCCAGGCUCAUGGACAGCAAUCUUGCUGACCUUUGAUAAUGCUGGACUGUGGAACCUGAGGUCAGAAACGUGGGAGAGGAAUUACUUGGGACAACAACUCUACGUAAGUGUUUUAUCCCCAGCACGGUCCCUCAGAGAUGAAUACAACAUCCCUGACGUGGCGGAACUAUGUGGUAUUGUUAAAGGCCUUCCCAAGCCCCAGCCUUACACCAUUUAAACUCCUCUAUAUGUGGCUAUCAAAGAGAGACAAGGAGAAAGUGAUAGAGAGAAGCUAUCAAAGGAGAGAAAUUGAGCUAAAACCUGUAAUUUGUAUACGUUUCAAAAGAGUAAUCGACGGUAAAGAAUAAGAGGGAUUGGAACAAAAAGAGUAGAUGAUUAUACUUGUGUAUCGACCUUUUCCAAAAUGCCAUUACUUUGUGUUCUCUAUUUAUAUGUAUUUGUCUCCUUUUUAAUUUCCUUUGUGUAACUAGAAGUCUAGAAUAAACCUUCUGUGAUGGCUUUCACAAUGACGUUGGCUUAAAAUUUGUGGAAGGCCAUAACCAAGUAGUCUUAGCUUACCCUCGGGUCUAAUAAUGCUUGGGAAUGGUUCGCAUGACCAUUUUAUCAACACUCCUCACAAAAUAGUUAAAUUAGAGAUAAAAGGCUUACGAAAUUGCAUUGAGUCUCAUUGUAGUAUCA